AUGAUGGAGAGCGGCGACGCCGCGAACACGCUUCGCAUUCUGGUGGCCACCGACUGCCACCUCGGGUACAUGGAGAAGGACGAGGUGCGCCGCCACGACUCCUUCCACGCCUUCGAGGAGAUUUGCGCCAUUGCCGAGCGCCAGGGCGUGGACUUCGUGCUCCUCGGCGGCGACCUAUUCCACGAGAAUAAGCCGUCCCGGUCAACUCUAGUCAAGGCCAUCGAGAUUCUUCGCCGCUACUGCCUCAACGAUCGCCCCGUCCCCUUCCAAGUCGUCAGCGACCAGACGCUCAAUUUCCAGAACGCGUUUGGUCACGUGAACUAUGAGGAUCCUCACUUCAAUGUUGGUUUGCCGGUUUUUACUAUUCACGGAAAUCAUGAUGAUCCUGCCGGCGUGGAUUUGGAAGGGGAUGAGCGUUAUAGACUGAGGAAUUGGAGAAAUCACCGAAUGAUCUUGACUUCGUUAAUUUUUUCCUUGGCUGUUGGGAGGAUGGUAUCACAAAAGAGUUCAAGGAUUGCCCAUGUUGACUUGAGAAAUACUAGUGUACCUUUUGCUGGUUAUAGCUCCAUACAAGUCAUAACAAUCGAAUCAUUGUGGCAGGAUAACCUUUCGGUAGUGGAUAUUCUCUCAGCAUGUAACUUAGUCAACUACUUUGGGAAAACAGUUCUUGGGGGUUCUGGUGUUGGUCAGAUCACUCUGCACCCUAUUCUUAUCAAGAAGGGUUCAACAGCUGUAGCUCUGUAUGGUCUGGGAAACAUUAGAGAUGAAAGGCUUAAUAGGAUGUUUCAAACACCACAUGCUGUGCAGUGGAUGCGACCUGAAUCUCAGGAAGGGUGUCAAGUGUCUGAUUGGUUCAACAUUCUGGUACUUCAUCAGAACAGGGUGAAAACAAAUCCGAAAAAUGCAAUAAAUGAGCACUUCCUGCCACGCUUCCUAGACUUCAUUGUGUGGGGCCAUGAACAUGAAUGUUUGGUUGACCCGCAGGAAGUUCCAGGUAUGGGAUUUCACAUUUCACAGCCAGGGUCAUCAGUUGCAACAUCUCUUAUUGAUGGAGAAUCAAAGCCAAAACAUGUACUUCUUCUAGAAAUUAAGGGAAAUCAAUAUCGCCCAACUAAAAUACCUUUGAUAUCUGUGAGACCUUUUGAGUAUACUGAGGUAAUACUAAAAGAUGAGCCGGAUAUUGAUCCCAAUGAUCAAAGUUCUAUUCUUGAGCACCUAGACAAAGUGGUUGGGAAACUGAUAGAAAGGUCUAGUCAGCAGGUCGUCAAUAGAAAAGAACUCAAGCUUCCACUAAUACGUAUCAAGGUAGAUUACUCUGGAUUUAUGACUAUAAAUCCUCAAAGAUUUGGGCAGAAGUAUGUUGGGAAGGUUGCAAAUCCUCAAGACAUUCUCAUUUUCUCGAAGGCUACAAAGAGGUCCAAGGUUGAAGGAAAAAUUGAUGAUUCAGAACGUCUUCGUCCAGAAGAAUUAAACCAACAAAACAUAGAGGCUUUAGUUGCUGAAAGUAAUCUGAAAAUGGAGAUACUGCCAGUCAAUGAUUUGGAUAUUGCUUUGCAAAAUUUUGUGAACAAAGAUGAUAAAAUGGCAUUUUACUCUUGUGUACAAUACAAUAUUCAAGAAACACGAAAUAAAAUUGCUAAGGAUUCAGAUAACCUGAAGUUUGAGGAAGAAGAUUUGAUUGUGAAAGUUGGAGAAUGCUUGGAGGAACGUGUCAAGGGAAGAUCUGCACACUCCAACGAACCCACACAACCCACUUCUGGUGCUCAACCAUGGAAGGAUUUCCAAGGAAGAAGUGCUGCUGGAACUGGAAGUACUGCAGUAUCCUUCAGUGAUGAUGAAGAUACCCAUGCCCUACCAGUAUCUAGCUCAAAGCCAAGUACUAGAGGUCGGAAAGGGUCAUCUGGUGCAUCUCAAACUACAACCAGAGGAAGGGGUAGGGGAAGAGGAAGAGGUUCCAGCACCAUGAAGCAGACAACUCUUGAUGGAGCUUUAGGGUUUCGCCUUUCUCAAAGGUCUGCAUCAGUUGCUGCAGCAACUGCCAUCCAAAGUGAUGCUAAUGAGGAUAAUUUGGCUUCUGCUUUAAGUGAUGAUGCGGAUAAAAAUGAUGUUGAAGAGAUUGAUGAUAGUUCGGAAAAUGAAUCCAAGCUACCACCAGGGCGAAAGAGGGCUGCUUCCAGGGGAAAAGGUAGAGGAUCCACACAGUCUUCUAAACGUGGAAGGAAAUCAAAUAUCUCUUCGAUCCAUAGAAUGAUGAUGAAUAAUGAUGAUGACGAUGAUGAUGACGACGACAUCAGAAAGAGAAUAAAUAAGUCACAACCUCGGGUUACUAAAAGCUAUGGAGCUCUAAGAAGGUAA